AUGACGAGCCAACAUAUAGCACGUCACAGAGACGAUGCUGAGGUCUACCAUGGCGAAGCAAUCUGCAAGAAGAAAUCUCGCGACCUGCUCGGCGAAUUCUGCCUACCGGCAGGCUUGCUUCCGUUGGAGGACAUCGUAGAGGUGGGGCACAACCGCGUCACGGGGUUCGUGUGGUUGAAGCAGAAGCGGAAGAAGGAGCACCGGUUCCAGCGCAUCGGACGAGUCGUUUCGUACGAACCGGAGGUGACGGCGUUCUUGGAGGAGCACCGAAUGCGGCGGGUGACCGGAGUAAAGACCAGGGAAUUUUUCAUCUGGGUCACGAUCGCUGAUAUCUCAAUCGACGAUGACGAUUCCGAAACCAUCUAUGAAGAACUCACUGUUCCUGAAGAUGAUGGUGGCUUCCCAACAUCUCCUGCCUUGGCAAUUGUUUCUGAAAUAUCAUUGGAGCUUUAA